AUGAUGCUUGCUGCCUACAGUUAUGGGCCUAAGUACCGCAAAGGCGAGAACCUGGAAGUAGCGGAUGCGCUCUCCAGACUACAGCAGGCUGAGAAGGAAACUGAUGUUGCAGAGGAAUGCUUGGCAGUGCUCGAGAGCCUGCCGUUAUAUGCUUCGGAUGUUGCUAAGGCCACGAAACGCAACAUCACUUUGAGUCGUGUGUCUGAAUACAUACUGAAUGGUUGGCCAAACCAAUACCCUGAAGAAAUGAAGGCAUAUCACGUGCGCCGUUAUGAAUUGUCCCUUGAGCAAGGGUGCCUAACAUGGGGUACUCGGGUAGUAAUACGGGAUCAGUUGAGAGAACGCAUGUUAGACUUGCUUCAUGACGAGCACCCUGGCAGCACUCGCAUGAAAAUGCUAGCCAGAAACUCUGUAUGGUGGCCGGGUCUGGAUCAAGCCAUCGAGAUGUACGUCAGGAAAUGCAAAGUCUGCCAGGCAGUCCAACCCAUGCCGCUCCAUCCGUGGAGCUACCCGUCGAAGUGUUGGGCACAAGUUCACGUGGAUUUUGCAUGCAACAAUUCUCACAUGUUCCUUGAUUUAGUUGAUUCUUUUUCUAAAUGGGUGGAAGUUUGGCCGAUGUCCUCAACGUCUACCACGAAGACGGUUGAGAGACUAAGAAAUGCCCUUGCAGCCUACGGGCUGCCUGAAACGUUAGUCAGUGACAACGGGCCUCAGUUCAAGUCUGUUGAGUUCUCGGAAUUUUUAGAGCGCAAUGGUGUGAAGCAUGUCCGUGCCCCACUAUAUCACCCCGCGUCCAAUGGUACGGCAGAGCGCACCGUGAAGAUGAUAGAACGGGUGCUGUUAAAGCAAGUCAUGGAGCGUGCUGUCACUCGCGUGCGAUCGCUUCAGGAGUAUGUGGAUAAUUUUCUUAUCGCUUACAGAUAUACACCAAGCGGUGUGACGGGGCAAAUCGCGGCACAGUUGUUUCUAAGGCAUCAACCGCACACAAAGCUUUCUUUGCUCAAGCCCUGCUUUGUCGGUGACAUGCGGCAAAAGCAAGCUGACACGAAAAACAAGCGUGAUGUGUUGCGUGGUGUUGAUCGUGUGUUUCGCGAAGGUGAUCGCGUGCACGUGAAGACGGUGCGAGGGGAACAUGCCUGA